UUGUCUUCAUUCCCAAUCGGAUUUCUCUCUUAUUGUCAUCAAGGGCGGUUAGUUGAGCGUGUGUAUAUGGUAUAGAAUGGGAUCUGGAGGUAUAAUAUAACAUUAACUUUGAUGUCUGUUUUGGUCUCAAUCUACUUGGGGGCAUUACCUUUGCUGUUGGGGGAUGGUCUACGUCACGAGAUGGUCUCUCAGGCUGAAGUCGGAAAGCCAUGUGGGGUUUCCGGAUGCUGUUGUUGAACAGGCUCAAGGGGGACGGGAAGUGGGAAGGGGACGGGGAUGGAGAUGGGGACGGGGAUGGAGAUGGGGGACGUGGAUGGAAAUGGGGACGUGGAUGGAGAUGUGGAUGAUCUUGGGAGGAGGAGGUGCUGGUGGUGGAGAAGGUGGUGGCGAGAAGAGAGGGCUGGUUGCUUGGCCCUCGAUCACCUAUGUACUCCUCUAAGAGUGAUGUUAGGAGACAAGCUGGUGACAAGUGACAGGGUGACAAGGGCCAAGCGCAAGGCGGCGUAAAGGUAGACAAGACAGGCAGCUCCUCUUUGGGUUUGUUGUUGGUCUGACCACACACAGCGGCACUCCGCACACUCCGCCUCCUUUGAUAGGGGGAGAAGAGACCAAGACCUGGAAGAGCAAAGUAAAAGCUCCCUCACACCCACUCACCCACCAAGGAACCACACGCACGCCAGACGCUCGGACCACUUCCUUCGUGUACUGCCCUCAAAUAAUUUCUCUUCUCGCGAAGGCUUCUCCAAACUUCCGCGCAACCACCUUCCAUUGUCCUAGCGCUUCGCCAUUGUGUCUUGUCUUUUCAUCGCGCGCCCAUCGGAACAGCAUCGAAUCCAUCACCCGAGGCCGCGCCACUCUUGAUAUAAGACUUCCACGCGCUCAACGCGUCCAAGUCCAAGUCUGCACACGACAAACAACCUGUCACGUCCCCGUCGCGAUCCUUCGCUGACAUCACCCUAACCGACCCAAAAUGUCACGAGAAGGUUCUCCAGUCGCGCCCGCCUCUGAGGCCGCGCAACCAGCUGUCGAGAAGAAGGAGGAGGACGCGCCUAUUGCCCCUGCUGCCCAAGACAUCAAAGAGGCCAUUGCGGCCGAGUCCAAGGCUGCCGUCGAGUCUGCUCCUGCCGAGGAAGCCUCUGACAACAAAGCGGAAGAGGGUAACAUGUUCCACAACACCUGCCAGGCAGGCCACUUACAUCCUCGCCACUACAUCUAGCUAACCAUCAUCUGUUAUCAGCACCAGCUGCCGAGAAGACCGCCGAGCAAGCCGAAGAGAAGCCAGACGUCGAGAUGACAGACGCUGCCGAUGCUUCUGAGGCUGGAGCCCCAUCCCAACCAUCCGCCGACAACAAUGCCGAUGCGGCCCCCAAGGCUAAGGCCAACCGCAAGUCAAUUGGUGCUGGCGAGGCGAAGGGAAAGAAGUUGAACAGAAAGGCAUCAAAGCCGCGCAUUCUGCACACCGACGCCCAGCCAGGCCAAUACUUCUUUGUCAAGCUCAAGGGCCACCCGCAAUGGCCAGUGAUCAUCUGCGAUGAGGGCAUGCUGCCCGACUCAUUGCUCAAGUCUCGCCCAGUAACUGCCAAGCGGCAGGACGGCACAUACCGCGACGACUACGCCGAUGGCGCCAAGAAGGUCGCCGACCGGACUUUCCCCGUCAUGUACCUUUACACCAACGAAUUUGGCUGGGUACCAAAUGGAGAGCUUAUCGACCUUGACCCUGAGGAGGUUAAGAAUAUCAACACCGACAAGAUGAGGAAAGACCUCCAGGCGGCUCACAAACUCGCCGCCGAGCAACACCCCCUCCAGUUUUACAAGGAUGUUCUUGACCAAUACCAGGCGGAACAGGAGGAGAAGGAGAGGGCCAAGGCUGCGAAGGCGGCUACCCCCAAGGGGAAGAAGAAGUCGUCUGCUGUCGUCGAUGAGGAUGUUGAUAUGGACGAUGAUGCCGAGAACAGCACACCUCCCAAGGAGAAGAAAUCGAAGAAGAGAAAGGCGGAUGAGCCAGCAGAGACUCCUCAGCGCACAGAGUCAGUUAAGAAGACCAAGAUUAAGCUGACGAGCAACGCGACUCCCAAGGCAACCAACGGUGCCACACCUUCAGCCAAGGCCAAGCCUGAUGCGAAGGCCACAAAGACCAAGUCUAAAAAGACAAAGGACGGUGAGGAUAAGAAGGUCGAGAAGGAAGCUUCUGAAGCUCCCAAGGAGCCCGAGUUGUCGCCACAGGAACAGAGGGAGAGAAAGGAGCGGGAGGUGCUUUUCCUGCGGCACAAGCUCCAGAAAGGUCUUCUUACUAGGGACCAAGAGCCCAAGGCGGAGGAGAUGGCCACCAUGUCCGAGUACAUCACCAAGCUCGAGGGCUUCCCAAAUCUGGAGGUCAGCAUCAUCCGGACAACCAAGAUCAACAAGGUCUUGAAGGCGAUUCUGAAGCUGGAGAAUAUUCCCAAAGAGAAGGAAUUCAACUUCAAGUCACGCUCUCAAGUGCUGCUCAACAAGUGGAAUGAGCUUCUUGCGGUUGAUGGAGGAGCGGUGGCUCCAGCUCCUGCGGCCAAGGCUGUCAACGGCACAGCGCCCAAAGAGGCCAAGACCAAUGGUGUCAAGGCUGAUGAGCCCGCAAAGGCCGAGAAGGAGGAGGCCAAGGAAGAGCCAAAGGAGGAGAAGAAGGAUGAAUCUCCAGCGAAGAAGACCAUGGAGAAGUCUGAGGAGGCUUCAGAGCCUGCAGACAAGAUGGAUGUUGAUGAGGCCAAGCCAGAUGCUGUUGAGGCGUCCGCCUAA